AUGCAUAAGGUGUUGGUCCCGAAGCGGUCGGGGGUGCAUCGCUUUGCUUGUCGGGCUCUAUACCGAGCACUUCUGCGACAAUGCUCGCCCUCCGUCGGUAACGCGCCAUGGCUGGGGGAAGCCAAGUCCCUGAUGCGGCAGAAGUUUCGGCAAUAUCAGGGCCUUAAUAGUCCCUCACAGACAAGGAACGCCCUGAAGACAGGCUACUCAACGCUGGAUCUCCUCCACUCCGCAUGCAAAGGAAAUAAGCACGACGAAGACCGAAUUACCACAAUUCUCGCAAAAUUCAAGGCCUUCCGAGCCGAGUAUGUCGCGAGGCAGAGGGAGCUGGCAGAAUCACAGCCGCCGAAACAGCUAGGCCCGAAACAGAUCCAGAAGCAAGAGCGGAUCCGCAAGCAAAAUGAAACCACCCGUAGGCAUCCAGAUGCCGAAUCGAUUUUCUUGCGUCCUCGACCGGUCGUGAGCGGGAAGCGCCGUGUCCCCGUUCUCGUCAGUGCACGCGGAGUCCCGUUUUUGCGCUUCAAGAAACCGCAGCCGAGGAAUCUUAGCGGGGUGAUUCGGAACAAGCUCGACAGGCGUCAGAAAUGGAUUGAUCGGCGGGACCGAUUACAGGUGGAGCUCCUGUUCGCAGGGGAUGAAGACGUUUGGGAUGAUAUUACCAACAUGGAAGACUCGGUCCGGUGGACUGAGGAGCUUUACACGGCGUUUAGGGAUGUCAAGGAGAAGACAAAAAAUGAGGAUAUGAAGAACAAGGAGAUGGCGGAGAAGAUGUGGCAGAUCGUGUUGGCAGAACGCGAGUUGGCGGAGAAAGAGGAGAGAGAACGACAGUCCGAGAGAUAG